AUGACAAAAGCUAACACCACGCUGCUGACUCACCACUUGGCCAAAUCGCUUAUCCCUCAAAAUUUUCCCGUUCCAGCAUUCGAAUGUUAUGAUGGAUCCAGCGACCAUGCAGCUCAUCUUCGAUACUAUAAUCACAUUUUAGCCCGAUGGGAUCAAAACGAUGCAGUCCUCUGCAGAUAUUUUCCUUCAAGUCUAAAGGAAUCAACACUAUCUUGGUUCGACAACCUACCGUCAAACUCCAUCGAUUCCUACAACCAGCUCACUGAGAAAUUCUUAGGGACAUACAUGUACAACAAGGCUGUCAACGCCGGAAUGGACAGGCUCUUCUCAUUAGCCGUAGCUUACAAGGAAACGAUCAGGGAAUACACCGACAAACGGCACAAAAUUUGUCAAACUAUAGGGAACGUAGAUCCAGUGGUCAGCAUCAACUGUUACAAAUGGGGAUUAGACAGAAUGAGCCCACUAUUUGUGGAGAUUCACGGAAGUGUACCUACGAUUGAAGGAGACCUUCGAGUGAUCAUCGAAAAGCACGCCAGGGAGAUUAAGGAUCGAGAGAACUUAGAGCGCCCUUGGUCCAAAGGGAAGCAGCCACCACGAUCCGAAAAAUCUAGAGACUACUGUGAGUACCACUUCUUCGACGGGCAUCAGACUGAAAAAUGCAAGAACCUCAAGAUAAUGAUUCAAAAGCUGAUUGACGUUGGUGACCUCAAGCAAUACUUACAGAAGUACGACACCAAAGAGAGGGCUAAGCGAAGCAAGCAAGUCCAGCUACCCGAGGGUAAUCGCACGCUCCACACUAUCUCAUGCUCUGAAGCCACUGGACCAUCACUAACUUCCCAGAUAGGCAAAAGGUUAAGGAAGCAAUUUGAAGAUUACUGUGAGUUGUAUAAAAUUGAUGGAGCAGAAGUGGAGGAACACGAACAAUGGAUGAACGCUCCAAUAACUUUCGAUACUGAGGAUGUAGAGGAUGAGAUGGAGGAUCACAACGACCCCUUGGUUCUCACAUUACCCAUUGCGCGGUGCAAUACCAGGAAGGUCCUCAUAGAUGGAGGGAUCUCGGUCAAUGUACUGUUCUAUGACACGUUCAAACGAAUGGAGUUGAAUGACGAACAGUUGAUGUCUUCGUACUAA